UAGCAACCAGAGCAGUGACGGUAGCAACCGCCGGAAUGGCAAAGGCAACAACAAUCAAAGAAGCCCUAGCUAGAUGGGAAGAGAAAACCAGCCAGAAGUCAUCUGAAGCCAAAGAGGUAAAGCUUUAUGCCCAGAUUCCUCCCAUAGAGAAGAUGGAUGCAUCCUUGUCCAUGCUUGCCAACUGCGAGAAGCUUUCACUGUCUACAAACUGCAUUGAAAAAAUUGCCAACCUGAAUGGCUUAAAAAAUUUGAGGAUAUUGUCUUUAGGAAGAAACAACAUAAAGAACUUAAAUGGACUGGAAGCAGUAGGGGACACAUUAGAAGAACUGUGGAUCUCCUACAAUUUUAUUGAGAAGUUGAAAGGGAUCCAUGUAAUGAAGAAAUUGAAGAUUCUCUACAUGUCUAAUAACCUGGUGAAAGACUGGGCUGAAUUUGUGAAGCUGGCAGAACUGCCAUGCCUGGAAGACCUGGUGUUCGUAGGCAAUCCCUUGGAAGAGAAGCACUCUGCUGAGGGGAACUGGAUUGAAGAGGCAAGCAAGAGAGUGCCCAAACUGAAAAAGCUGGAUGGCACCCCGGUGAUUAAAGAAGACGAGGAAGAGGAGAACUAGGCCCUGCUUCCGCUCACGUGUCUCAGUGUCAUCAGAACAGUAGAUACGUUUUGUAUAAUUGUCUAUUUUAAAGAUGCUAUGUGGGGGGAAGGUUCUUAAGAUAAAACAAAUCUCUGAUUUCUGUUUUUUCCCUUAACCUAUACAGUGUUUCUCCCCCAAAUGGUAACACCAACUUUAUAUAUUGUAGUCCUCUUUUUAGAAACUACAAAUUUUCAGUUUUUGUUGUCAGUCUCCAUCUACUGAAAUCUUUAUAGACCGAACAAUCAUUUUUAAGAAAAGAACAAAUGUGGUUCUUCAUUUUUUUUAGGUCAAGCAGUUAAAUAUAUAUACUUAACUUUUGAAUCUGUAGAUCAUCUUUCCUGAAGGUCUGCCUCCUUAUGACUCAGAAGCACAAGUGUCAUGCCUUUGGUUCCGAAGGCAGCGUGAUGACAGGAGGUUCCUCUUAGAAAUGCAGCAGCCAUAGAAGCAAGACUCCGAAGUCAGAGUGAAAAAGCUGUGGUGAAAAAACGAAAAAUUAAUAUCUUGGAGGCCUUAGAGCCCAUGUUAUGUUUACUUAUUUGUUUUUCAAAAAAUGUGUACAUUGUCAACUGGAAUUUAGGUUGUGUGUACAUGUGUGGCCACUUGAGUCCCUGCGCAGGGCCAGUCAGUCAUUCUGUGACCCAGGUCAGUGGUUAAAGUGACUGGCGUGGCUAUUCCUUUGACCAGCACUGUGGCCUUGUUACCCAUGUGGACCUGACGUUAGGCACACUUUUGGUUUUAUAGCUUUGUAUGUGAUAUAAGGAAAUAUAGAUAAGCAGUAGUUAUAUUUGAAUUCCUAACCUAAAUCUUGGCCAUUCAUAUAUGCCAAAAUUUGCCCUAAUAACUUUGGACUGUUGACUGUUAUGUUGGGGGAAGUGAUUGUUCUAAGGGUAGAGAACCCAAAGACUGGAUCUGGUACCUUUCAAUAAAUUAAAUUUAGUAUUUCAAAAUAUAUUUUAGAAAAGUUUUAAGUUAAACAGCUCUUGAAAUGAAUUAUGUAAGUGGUUAUGGAGGGAAAAGAGAUGUUUCAUUAUGGGAUCCCAGGCAAAUGGCAAUAUUUUUGAAGAUUGCUUUCUCUGUAAAGCAUUGUAGGUGAUUUACCCUCAGAAUUGCAAAGCAAUAGUUGGAUGCAGAGCUUAGAAUUUAUCAUAUAAGAAAAAAAUUCUUUUUGGAAAAUGCAAGAUAUGGUAGUCAGUAACCAGAUGGAGUCCAUAGCAGGCCAGGACCAAAUCACUGAUAGAUUGCAGUAAGGAAGUCACAGGCCCUCCACCAAAUUGUGCCUGAAGUCCCUCAACCAGAGACUAUUGAUUUCAUUUCCCCAUUUACUUGUGUAAAAUCAGUCAGAGAGGGAGGACUCAUUUUAAAAAAGUGAUCACAUAAAUAGUCCUGGGUUUCAGAAGUUUUCAGCUGUCAUUUACAUAGGAAUUACAUGAUUUUUCAGUCACGCUGAUCAAAAGGGACCACUGCUUCGACAAUCAGUUCUAAAAAGGAGAAAUUCACCCAACACUUUUUAGCUUCCUUUUAGUUCUUCCUCAUAGCCUGAUAGGAAGAAGGCUUGACUCUGACUGCUUAUAUAUUCAAAGCCUUUGGGUACCUCUUUUGUGAGCCAUAGGCAGUGACCAUUCCUCGGUGAUUUUAAGACCCAGAAGCUAAGAGGGAAGAUGAUUUUCUUAUAGUAUGAACUUCAUCCAGUAGGCAAGCUUGAAGCCAUAUUGCUAUAUAUGGGUGUAUUUUCUAAAAGUUACUCUGGAAGUAAAUGUAACAGGGAAUGGACAACUUCAUGAUGAUUUUUUUUUU